UAAUCAAUUUACGAAUCCGUAAUUCCAUUUCGUUUCACGAGCCUGCCAUACAAUUUCCAAGUUUCUGAUUAUCGUGGCUGUUCAAUGAAAACAAUCAUUCGGACGUAACUGUACAGGCUGUUUACCAAUUGUAAAUCGGUACAUCUCUUUUUCAAUCGCCAUCGACAAUCGCUUUCUCUCGACACCGUUUUCCGUGCGUUACGUUCUUUGUAGUAAUCUUAUUGCAGGUGCUACCUCACGCACAUUUAAGUAAAUUGUCAUGAGCCAAAUGCCAGGAAAGAUUCGUAAGCCCUCCGCGCGGAGCGCCGGUGUGUGAACGACCUGUCGGAAGGCUAAAUGCCGUAUUUACCUAUUUUAACUAUUAAACUUUCAUAUGUUUCGCCACUGCCUCGAAUCUGCCGUUUAUUCGAAGCGGUGUAAAGUUAACGGAAAACAUUAAGCACUGGAAGAUCUAACCAUCAGUUGUAAGAAACCACUUUAAGGCGGUCGCAUCACGUACUGGAAGGGCGAUGUUCGCCAAGAAGAAAAAGAAACCACAAAUAUCGACUCCAACAAAUUUUGAACACCGUGUACAUACAGGAUUUGAUAAGAGAGAAGGAAAAUUUAUCGGACUACCGCUUCAAUGGGCCUCUAUAGUUGGAAACAAUCAAAUUUUAAAGUCAACGAACAGACCAUUACCUCUGGUAGAUCCAAGCGAAAUCACACCCACAGAGAUUCUUGAUUUAAAAACUAUAGUUCGUGGUCAUAAUGAUCCUAAAGGAAAGGCACCAACCAGUGAGAAAAGUACAGAAAAUGGACUACCUAAGACUAGCACUGUUGCUAGAUCUAAUUCUCUUCGUUCUUCGAGCCCACCUAGACUCAGGCGAGACUACAGGCAUAACAGUAAUCUACCACCGUCCGUACCAGAAGGUCAAGAAAUACCGUCCAAUGCUAAUCAAAUACAAGGUUACACGAACUUUGGCAAACAGCAUAAUUAUCUAGACAAAUUACGACAAAAUUCACCUAACAUCGUGACUGUAUUAAACCCCAAUGUGCAAAAUAUGAUUCCAAAUCUCCAAAAUCUGAAUCCAAACAUGCAAUCAUCUCCAAAUUUAACGCAUACCGGAUCAAAUGCUCCGAAUUUGUCUCUAAAUUUCCAAAAUUUGAGUCCCAUUACGAAUCAACAAGGUCCUAUGCCAAGUCCAAGUACACCUCAACUUGUAGAUACUGAAUUCCAUAGAUUAAAUUCUCAAAUGACAAUGAUGUCUGGCCAAUACAAUGGAAACGUUCAGGUUCCGAAUACCGAGUCGACCACGAGGGACCAGCAAGUUACUCAAAACGUCCUGUUGCAUAAGUUGCAACCGAAAAUUUCGCCGGUGGGAUCUAUAGCUUCGCAACGACCAUUGAGUCAAUUGAGUUCGCAUAAUGUCAAUAAGUAUUCCCAGGCAUACAACAUGCAAGAAAAUUCGUCCAUUUUACAAUCUCACAUGAAGAAACCUAUUGAAACGUCCCAAUCGAUGCAUAACUUAUCGAAGCCGGCCGUACCGUCCUCCGGAAGCAGUUCAACGCCGGAUCAAAAUCAGAAUAUGAAAAGCGCCUUGUCAUCGGGAAAUCUGGCGGUCGGGUCAAGUUCGAGCACUUCCAGUAAACAAACAGCGGAACAAAGGCUCACUCACGAACAGUUCCGAGCGGCUUUACAGAUGGUGGUAAGUCGAGGCGACCCGAGGGAAAAUUUGGAGAACUUUCUAAAAAUCGGCGAAGGUAGUACAGGAACGGUAUGCAUAGCCACCGAGAAGAAUACGAAUCGACAAGUGGCGGUUAAGAAAAUGGAUUUGAGGAAACAGCAGAGACGAGAACUGCUUUUUAACGAGGUAGUAAUCAUGAGAGAUUACCAUCACCCGAACAUUGUCGAGAUGUACGACAGCUUCUUAGUGGACGACGAACUAUGGGUUGUGAUGGAAUACCUUGAAGGUGGAGCGCUCACAGAUAUUGUCACGCACUCGCGCAUGGACGAGAGUCAGAUAGCUACAGUGUGCUCUCAAUGUCUGAAACCGCUUGCGUAUUUGCACUCUCAAGGUGUCAUUCAUAGGGACAUCAAGUCUGAUUCUAUAUUGCUUACGGCUGACGGCAGAGUAAAGUUGUCCGAUUUUGGAUUUUGCGCCCAAGUGUCCCAAGAGCUGCCAAGGCGAAAAUCUCUCGUAGGAACGCCUUACUGGAUGAGUCCCGAAGUUAUUUCUAGGUUACCGUAUGGACCGGAGGUAGACAUUUGGUCGCUAGGUAUAAUGAUUAUCGAGAUGGUCGACGGGGAACCACCAUUUUUUAACGAACCUCCUUUGCAAGCUAUGCGACGUAUCAGAGAUAUGCCGCCACCAAAAUUAAAGAAUUCUCAUAAAGUCAGUCCACGUCUUCAAGACUUUCUCGAAAGGAUGCUUGUUCGCGAUCCGGCGCAGAGAGCUACAGCGACUGAAUUGUUACAACACCCGUUUCUUAGGCAGGCUCAGAGUCCAAGUAUUUUGAUCCCUCUGAUGAGAGGUUCCCGGCAUACGAACUGUUGACAUGUCGAUGUAAAAAAUGUACGAGCGCGGUAAAGGAUCGAUUAACACGGACGUCGGUUGCAAAAGUAACCGUGUCUACGGUCGUUUUUUGGUUUGUUGUUGAAACGUUAAGCUGUAGAAUACGCAAGUGUCUAGAAACAUUUGAGCGGCCUUUGUUAAACAUUACAUUCCAGUGUGCCCUUAACUUAGAAUCGUUACAUUAUUAUGAAUUUAUAAAUGUCUGUGUUGCCCGUGAUAGGCAUUAGCGUCAUAAAAGAUAUUUUUUAUAUCGAGUUAUUUAACAAAAUAUUGUACACCCAAGUGCCUUCGUAAUGAGCACCGUUUCACCUUCGUUAUUGUUUACGUGUUUAUAUUUGUUUUACCUCGUUGUCGGUUCUACUAUUCCUUAUUCGUCGAAUCUGUCUACAGGACACAGCAAUUCGAAAAAAACAAUUUCGUUGUUCUGUAGUUUAAACGAUGGCGGGAUUGAUCGAUUUAAUAAAAGUAUUUUUGUAAACGCUGCUAUUACGCGUGUACUUAAGGUAAACAAUCGAAUAGUCAUAUUUAAUUCGAAAGCGUAUAACCCGAAUUUAAGCGCUAAAACAAAGAAAAAAAAAAAAGAAAAGAUGCGACUGGUGUUGAUAUACAGUGCCUAAAUUGACGUUGUAUGACCCGCCUCCUUGUUUUAAAAAAUUAGUACUUACGUUUAAUUUAUUCGACGUUGACUGUUACAAACAGAAAUUAUUACAAGCAUACGGAGAGUUCGUUUAAAAUAUCUAGAGACUGACGAAUUUAACGUACUGACUUUAUUGUAUUAAAAUGGUCGAAAUUGCUGUAAGAUCGAAUCUCAAAUCCAGGGUGUUCAUUUCAGUAUUCUUAAUAUCAUUAUCGAACAAAGAAGUAUCGUAAGUUUAAAGAUGCGCUAGAGAUAGAGUGCCGUUAAGAAGAUAUAUUCGAGUGAAAGAGUUUCACGUUAAUUUAGUGAAAAAGUUUCAAAUAAUAUGUCGUUUACUGCGAAGAUGUUUUAAGACGGAUCGUAAUAGUACCGAAUGCCAUUAAUUUUGAUCGGAUAAAGGAUCAAUACAACACGAACAAAGGCCAUCGAUCGGACAGACGAUUUACAGUCUCGGUUAUUUAAAGUAUACAUAACAAUAGAAUAUUUACGAUGUGUAGAUAUUGCCGAAAUAUCGUUGCAUAGAUAAAAGCUAUGUACGCAAGAGUAAAUGAUGCAGGACAACGUAACUCGUGUAGGUACAUACAUCUGCCAUUUGUAAACAGAUACCUUUUAAGGACGUUAGUAAAUUGUACGAAAGGGCGUGCAAAAGAAACUGCUGUAUUUUUCAUUCAUAUGCAAAGUAAUAACAAAAAUCGUUUUCGACCAGAGAAUGGAAAAGAAAUUUACUUUAAAAGAUUCGUGUUUAUUCUGUAAAUAAUUCAUUUGUAAAAAUACAUGUUAAACGUAAUACAAAGCAAACGAAGUUUUCAUUUGAUUCUAGAGGCCAAAAUAAGACGAAAGUCAAGAAUACCAAUUUUUUGA